CAGCACUAAAGCAGCAGCCUUGACCAAUCUGCUCCCGACGCCAUGGCGAGGAUCAGGGCCCCGCGUCUCGCCGUCCUCCUCGCUCUCGCGGCCGUCGCGGCGGCCGCGGCCGCGGCCGGCGAGGCGCGCGCGCAGUCCACGUACAUCAUCCACCUCGCGCCUGACCACCGGGCGCUGUCCGCGGCGCGCGCCAACGGCGGCGGCGAGGCGGUCCUCGGCCGCCUCCUCCCGCGCCGCCUGCGCGCGCCCCGGCCGCGCGUGCUCUACACCUACGCGCACGCGGCCACGGGCGUCGCGGCGCGCCUCACGCCCGAGCAGGCGGCGCACGCCGCGGCCGGGGAGGGCGUCCUGGCCGUCUACCCGGACCAGGCGCGGCAGCUGCACACCACCCACACCCCGUCGUUCCUCCACCUGACCGAGGCCGCGGGGCUCCUACCGGCCGCCGCGGGGCGCGAGUCCUCGACCGUCGUCGGCGUGCUCGACACCGGGCUCUACCCCAUCGGCAGGGGCUCGUUCGCGCCAGCUGCUGGGCUCGUCCCGGCGCCCGCGUCCUUCUCCGGUGGUUGCGUCUCCACGAGAUCUUUCAACGCCUCCGCCUACUGCAACAGCAAGCUCAUCGGCGCCAAGUUCUUUUACCAGGGGUACGAGGCUGCUCUCGGCCACCCCAUCGAUGAGACCAAGGAGUCCAAGUCGCCGUUGGACACUGAGGGCCACGGGACGCACACCGCCUCCACGGCGGCGGGGUCGCCGGUGGCAGGCGCGGGAUUCUUCGACUAUGCCAAAGGACAGGCCGUGGGCAUGGACCCCGGCGCGCGCAUCGCGGCGUACAAGAUCUGCUGGAAGUCCGGGUGCUACGACUCCGACAUCCUUGCCGCCAUGGACGAGGCCGUCGCCGACGGUGUCAACGUCAUCUCCCUUUCUGUCGGCGCCAACGGGUAUGCCCCCAGCUUCUCCAGUGAUUCCAUUGCCAUCGGCGCUUUCCACGCAGUGAGCAAAGGCAUCGUCGUCUCCUGCUCCGCCGGAAACUCCGGCCCCGGCGAGUACACCGCCGUCAACAUUGCGCCGUGGAUACUGACCGUCGGCGCAUCCACGGUCGACCGCGAGUUUCCCGCCGAUGUGGUUCUCGGUGACGGCCGCGUGUUUGGCGGUGUCUCUCUAUACGCCGGAGAUCCCCUGAACUCCACUCAGCUGCCGCUGGUGUUCGCCGGGGACUGUGGUUCCCGCCUGUGCCUACUGGGCGAGCUCGACCCGAAGAAGGUGUCCGGCAAGAUCGUGGUCUGUGAACGCGGCAGCAACGCUCGUGUCGAGAAAGGCGCGGCGGUGAAGCUUGCCGGUGGAGCCGGCAUGAUCCUAGCCAACACAGAGGAGAGUGGCGAGGAACUCAUUGCCGACUCCCACCUCGUGCCGGCGACUAUGGUCGGGCAGAAGUUCGGCGACAAGAUCAAGCACUACGUCCAGACCGAUCCGUCGCCGACAGCGACCAUCGUGUUCCGCGGCACGGUCAUCGGUAAAUCGCCGUCCGCGCCGCGGGUCGCGUCGUUCUCGAGCCGCGGCCCCAACUACCGCGCGCCGGAGAUCCUCAAGCCCGACGUCAUCGCCCCCGGCGUCAACAUACUCGCGGCCUGGACCGGCGCCGCUUCCCCCACCGACCUCGACAUCGACUCGAGGCGCGUCGAGUUCAACAUCAUCUCCGGGACGUCCAUGUCAUGCCCGCACGUGAGCGGCCUCGCCGCGCUGCUCCGCCAGGCGCACCCGGACUGGAGCCCGGCAGCGAUAAAGUCGGCGCUCAUGACCACGGCGUACAACUUGGACAACUCCGGUGAAACCAUCAAGGACCUCGCCACCGGCGUCGAGUCGACGCCGUUCGUCCGCGGCGCCGGCCACGUCGCCCCCAACAGCGCCCUCGACCCCGGCCUGGUGUACGACGCCGGCACCGACGACUACGUCGCCUUCCUCUGCACACUCGGCUACCCUGCGUCCCUGAUCUCCGUCUUCACAAGGGACGCCUCCGUCGCCAACUGCUCGAGGAAAUUCGCGCGCUCCGGCGACCUCAACUACCCUGCCUUCGCGGCUGUCUUCUCCUCCUACAAAGAUUCAGUCACCUACCACAGGGUGGUGCGCAACGUGGGCAGCAACUCCAGCGCCGUAUACGAGCCCAAGAUCCUCAGCCCCGCCGGCGUGAUUGUCACCGUGAGCCCGAGCAAGCUCGCGUUCGACGACAAGAACAAGAGCCUGGCCUACGAGAUCACGAUCGCGGCGUCAGGCAACCCGGUGAUCGUGGACGCCAAGUACUCGUUCGGGUCCAUCACCUGGAGCGACGGCGCGCACAACGUCACGAGCCCCAUUGCUGUGACCUGGCCGUCGAGCGGUGGAGCAGCGGCCAUGUAGAGUGAUGCUAUUGUUCUGGGCAGUUUGUACAGGACCAUCAAAGCUGAGAUCUCCACGGAUCCUGCGUUUCAUAAGUCCAGCAUUCAGCUGCUGCUGGUGGUGGUGGGGUUGUUUAUCUGAUCAAGGUGAGGAUAGGAUGACUGAUUGUGCGAUGCGUCAUCCACUCGACUGGACUACGUAAUAAUUUAUCAAGUGCAAGGAGUAGCUAAUAUAUUUUCAAUGUUUCAGCUGCCCCUACCAUGGGCCAUGCUUGCAGUUGCAGCUGCCAUUUUCAUUUCGUUGGUAGUUGUAGUAUCCAUGCAACUUGCAAGAAAGCAAGCGCCACCAUGGCGGAUGGCGAAUGGACGUGUAUGAACAAGUUUGGAAUGCUUGAUCCUAGCACUUGCUCUUCUCUCUUUUA